AUGGACUACCCAAAACCACAAUACAGCCUCCAGCACACCAUCUCCAUGGUCAAUCUCCACGAUGAGCAACCGUGGUAUUCCAACCGAGGGCCUUCAUCUCCUACAGCUUCCUCGGCAUCGACUUCUACCAGUCGGAGCGCUACGCCCACAACCACAAAUAACAACCCGUGGUCGAACAUAAUGGCGAGCCCAAGCUCGACAAAUUCUGGCAAGUCUGCCAGUUCAUCACCCAAGGACAGCCCAAAUCAUACCCCGCAGUACCCGAGUCGUUCCACAACGCCCAUUGCCCCCCAACCGGUCAGGAUCAUCAACGCGGUAGCAGGGUUUGCACCUAUGUCGCCACCUCCUUCGGCGACGGGGGAAUCAUUCAGAAUUGGAGAUUAUCCUGGAUUGUCUAUGCCGAGCUUUCCGGGUUCACCUAAUCCAUACCGACAGCCAGUUGCUCCUCUCACCCCCCUUGUGAAUGGGUUCAUUAACACUUCUACCCUCUCAUCACAAGGACAGUCACUAUCUGGAUGGUUUUAUGAUCUCUGUCGAAAGCAAGGGUGGGAUGGUGGACUAAUAAAGAAGAUAUGGCAAUGGACGUUAUCGAACCCCAGACUAGCCAUACUUCUCUGGUUAUGCGACGAUGUUGCUUCUUGGCGACAAGCUUCGUUCUUCGAUCUCAGAGAUGAGAGCUUACCCUUUCCCGAGGACCGUCUCCAAGGGAUCGUUGGCAAUGCGCGCAAAUUUGUGGAAGAGCAAUGGCGCGCUACUUCGAAAGAGCUAGCGUUGACGGGCGGUCACGUUGAUUUCACAGCACGCGAGACUGUUCCUUUACAGCCGCUUGGAAUGAUCCGGUGCUCGAGGAACUCCGAGAAGAGUGUCGACCGAGUACGACUCCUGGGUAACACUGAGGAGCGUGUCUUAGUUCGAAAGCGAUUCGUGACGGCCCGUUCAUCUCAGAAGGCGGCCGUCAUAGAGCAGAUUAAUAAAUUCAAACAAUACGAGCAUAAGAGCAUCGCCAAACUGCUUUGUUCAUACGCCCAACCAAGUCAUGUUGGCAUCGUAACAGAGCAAGCGCAAUAUAGUCUCGAUGACUACCUGUCGCAGUCAGGCCACGACUCAAAUCGCGCAAAACUGCUGGUCGACUGGAUGUACGAUCUGGCGUCCGCUCUCGAAUACCUACAUUCUCAGUCCAUUUGUCACCGCAGUAUUCGGCCCCGUAAGAUUCUCAUUGAUGGAAACCGCAUAUUUUUCGGCCCUUUCGACAUUGGCCAGAAUAUUGAUACUUUCAGUCCCACCAACGCCACAUCCCAGCGUCUAGACCAGCUACAUACCUAUUUUCAGGACCAAUCCUAUGUCUACGCUGCACCGGAAGCCAUCGUGUCACGUGGUAAACGCAUGGCAGAUGUCUUUUCGCUAGGCUGCGUCUUCCUGUCUAUGAUGACAGCUGCGCAGAACCAGUCUCAGUCCAUGUUUGCCACAUACCGUGCAGGCUCCACGCAAGACGCCUCAUUCCACGCCCAUCUUGAGAGGGUAGCCAGCUGGCGUAACCGCCUCCACGCGGCGACCACAUCCGGCCUGCGAAAUGGGCUCAUUGGUUCUGGUCGCAAGCUGCGCCAACUAAAAGCUGAGUCGGAAUGGCUCAGCAUCAUUGAGAAGAUGACUCUGGCGCGGCCUAAGGAACGCAUCAAGAUGAGCCUUGUGCUCGCCAGCCUAGGGACCGUCAAUGGUAAAGUUGCUGGCCAUGGCCGACGACGCAGUCUAGACGGUGGGGGAUACAGUGGACAUGCCGCGAGCAGUCUGGGACUAGGGGGUGGGGGUACGACGGCAGCCGCAUUGGUGGACAUCUCUGAGACAGCAACGACGACAACGACAACGGCAGCGCCGGUAGCAGCAACAGCGCCAGCACCCGCGCAAACGCGCAAGCCCGAGUUGAGCGUUUUUGACGGCUACUUUAUGAGUCAAAACCGGAGGCUAGAACCGGCUGGUGGGUGGUAG